AUGCCGGCCGCCGCCCAGGGCCAAUCAUGGUCCGAGAUUCUGUGCUGUCCGAGCUGUGGAGAGAUGUUCGGCAUUCCACGAGAGCCGGUCACUUCGAUUUGUGGCCACAUUAUCUGCCGGCCAUGUACGCACGUGUACCCCGGAGCGUACUGUCCUAUCGAUCAGGCCGAAAAUCGCUACUCCCUCCAAGAAUUGCCGACCAAUUCGGCAAUCCUUUCGAUUGUCGGGGUCCAGAAAGACGUUUCCCAUGAAAUUGCACGCCUUCUAGCCCAUUAUGGCCGUCAUCCAGAGGAGAUAAAUUCAAUUGUGGAAUGUCAUUUGAAUCUACAUGUACUGGCUGGGUACCUGAGAAAGGCGAAUUCAGAAAGGGGAGGCAGUGUUUGGAGCGAGGUGCUUAGUCGGACCCUACAGCGAAAAUUGGUCUCUCUGCUAUGUAUGCAGGUGGUUGACGAUGAGACGAAGCCAAAAAUCCUCCGUACUCUGCGUAGCGUGGCGGAACGGGUACUGAGCGAACUGUUGUCCCAUCAACAAUCUUCUCACAGUCUUUCCACCCAAUUAUGGACGGCCGUCCGUGCGAGGGGAUGCCAAUUUUUGGGGCCAGCAAUGCAAGAAGACGUGUUGAAGCUCAUUUUACUAACGUUGAGCAAAGGGGCUUCCAUCGCUAGGAAAACGCUAGUGAUGUAUAUUGUGCAGACGUUGCUGGAGGAUUAUCCACAGGUCUCAAAAACAUGCGUGGGCCAUGUGGUGCAGCUCCUCUACCGUGCCUCAUGUUUCAACGUCAUCAAGAGGGACGGGGAGAGCUCGCUGAUGCAAUUGAAAGAGGAAUUCAGGAGCUACGAGGCACUCCGCCGGGAGCAUGAUGCCCAGAUCGUUGGUAUGGCAGUGGAGGCUGGGUUGAGGAUUAGCCCUGAUCAAUGGAGUGCUUUACUUUAUGGUGACCCAGAUCAUCGAGCACAUAUGCAAAGUAUUAUUGACAAGCUCCAAUCCCCCCAAUCAUUUCUCCAAUCCAUCGAGGAGCUACGCGUCAAGCCGAAAGCCGCAUUGAGAGAUGAUCAUAGUUGGGAUGAGACGGCCCUCUACAUUGAUAAAGCCCGAGAAUUGCUGGAUAUCCACAUCGAAAUCUCGGUUUAUUAUAGGGGCUAU